UUGUUGAAUUGUUCUGUUUUAGGCAAUCGUUCAAAAUCAUGGUCUUCGAGAAAUGUAUUAUGGCAAAUGCUACUGGGAUUUUUGUAAUGAGACAAUGAUCACAUUGAGGAAAGUGGCACACUGGACCGUUGAAGUUACACGUAGUCACAUACAUGAUGAUUUUAAAGGUUCUUUUACUACUUGGCAUGGUGAGUUGGUCAAUACCAAAUUUGGAAGAAAUUCUAGAAAGUCAAAUGUAUCAUUCUUUCUUCCAACGAUAUUCAAUUAUAUGUCAUGGUUACCUUUUAGCGCUGAAGGAAAAUUUUGGUUGGAUAAAACGGUAAAAAUGAAGAAUAUGGAAACUUCCGAAAUAUAUUCUUGUAUUUUUCUUAAUCAUCUAGUCAUAGUGCAUUCCUUGCAUGGAUGUUUCUUGACAAAUGAUUCCACAUGGAAAAUAGAACUAACUUCUCAAUCCAAACUAGCACGACAUUUACUCAUUAUAUCUGCAUCUGUCGGAGUGACUGGCAGUGAAAAAAACACUUCACAAACUGUAGUAUUCGGAAAGUUAGCUUACCGCCCAACAGUGUCUUCUUUUAUCAAUAUUCCAAAUAAAAGCAUCAGUGAGGUGAAAAUAGUCUUCAACAGCACUGGGAAAACUUUUCACUUAACCAAGAUUAUCAUGACAAAGAUACUCACAGGAGAAGAAUAUGGUUGUGUUAACAUACAUAGGACAAAUGCAGAGAAAUAUACUUGUAAAGUUCUGAAAGGUAAGAUUUCAUUUGACAACGAAAUCAAACACGUGUUCCCUCUUGUGGUCACAGCUAUUGUCAGUAUUAAAUGUAGGAUUAAUAAUAUUUUAAAUUGA